AUGCCUCGCAAACCCAGCAUCUACUUGUUCGAGGACAAUAGCCCCGGGGAUCAAACGCCCCGGCAGCGUCUCUGGCCCCAGCGUUCAUUCGGCAAUGCCGCCGAACGGGCACGACGAAAUAUCAAUGCCAAACUCUCGAAUCCGCUGGCCGGAUUCAGUCAUGCCGAGCUGCGGCGACAAGGUCGAACUUUCGCUAUUUCGAACGAGAUCGGGGACGACGCAUCCGAUAUUCGCGCUUUCGAAUUAGGUGCGGUUUUGGCUCAGGCGCCAGAGAAAUAUGAGAAGGUCCGCGGCUUAACCGCCCAAGAAAAAGAAGUUCUGCGUCAGGAGUUUGCCAAUCGGUGGUCUCAGCCAUGGUCGAUGUAUGCUGUUAUUGCCCUGUGUUCUCUUUCUGCUGCUGUGCAGGAAUGGACGAAACGGUUGGAGACGUGGCUCUCAGGCUUGGUCAACGCGGCCCCUUACCUUUGCUGUGCCUUCCUUGGGUGUUGGCUGACAGUUCCUUUCAACCACUAUUUCGGUCGCCGGGGAACAAUCUUCUUGACCUGUUGUUUUAGUGCGCUUGCCUGUCUCUGGCAAAGCUUCACCUCAACAUGGUGGGGGUUAUUUGUCGCGCGAUUCGCCCUUGGGCUUGGUAUUGGUCCAAAAUCUGCCACUGUCCCCGUCUAUGCUGCUGAGACUGCACCUCCGGCGAUUCGUGGUGCCUUGGUCAUGCAGUGGCAGAUGUGGACGGCGUUUGGCAUCAUGCUGGGCUAUGCAGCAGAUCUGGCCUUCUAUCACGUCCCAGACCCGAAGGGUGUGGUUGGACUUAAUUGGAGAUUGAUGUUAGGUUCGGCCCUACUACCUGCCCUCGUUGUGUGCGCCUUUGUGUUCUUCUGUCCAGAGUCCCCACGGUGGUAUAUGGCCAAGAAGCAGUACUACCGCGCCUAUCGAUCGAUCUGCGCAGUGCGGCACAACAAGAUCCAAGCUGCUCGUGAUAUGUACUAUAUGUAUACCCUUCUCGAGGCCGAGAACAGCAUGAAGCUUGGCCAAAACAAGCUUUGGGAGCUGAUCACUGUCCCGCGUAAUCGACGAGCCAUGUUGGCUUCCGAAAUCGUCAUGUUUCUGCAACAGUUUUGCGGAGUGAAUGUUAUCGCUUAUUACUCUUCUGAGAUUUUCCUGGAAGCCAACUUCUCCGCAGCCUCAGCGCUGGGUGCAUCCCUCGGCUGGGGCGUUAUCAACUGGGUUUUUGCCAUCCCAGCAGUCUACACCAUCGACACCUUCGGCCGACGCAACCUCCUCCUCGUGACAUUCCCUUUAAUGGCCGUCGCCAUGUUCUUCACCGGCUUCAGCUUCUGGAUCCCCGACGACACCGAUGCCCACCACGCGGCCCACAUCGGCUGUGUAGCCCUAGGUCUCUAUCUGUUCGGCAUCGUCUACUCGCCAGGCGAGGGCCCAGUGCCAUUCACCUAUUCCGCCGAGGUGUACCCGCUCUACGUCCGAUCGUACGGUAUGGCGCUCGCAACAGCCACCCUGUGGUUCUUCAACUUCGUGCUCGGCGUAACGUGGCCUUCGUUAUCGGCCGCGUUCACCAUCCAGGGUGGCUUUGCGUGGUAUGCUGGGUGGAAUAUUGUGGGCUUUUGGUUGAUUCUGCUGUUUAUGCCGGAGACGAAGGGGAAGACGCUCGAAGAGCUGGAUCAAGUGUUUUCUGUACCAACGCGCUUCCACGCACAGUAUGGAUUACGGCAGAUUCGCUAUGUUGUGAAGAGGUAUGUCUUGCGGGAUAAGAACGUUCAGCCUGAGAUUUUGUAUGAAAAGGAGGAGAUGAUUCCUGUGCAGGACUUGGGAUACAAUGCUUGA